AUGUCCUGUGGACGUUUUGCAUGGGGCGUUGGAAGCUGCCGCGACGACGCCCAUCAUCUUCUGCAGAGGGACCUUGCGGACUUCAAUGUGAGCCUGCUCAUCUUCUUGCCGAAGGCGGCCGCGGAUAGGAACGAAGAGGGCGUCGAGUCGUUCGCCCCCGGCGGCGUGCGACCGCUGAACAUCACAAACACGGACAAUUGCCUCAUAUCGAGUGCGGUCUGGAUCGCGAUUGAGCCAAGCGUCGAACGGCGCAUCACGGGCUGUCAACGGGGCUUCUUGCCCUGGAGAUCCGCUGCGUUCGAUCGAGCACGGGCUUUUUCAUGUUUCGUCGCCAUCUCGGGUGGCCAGCGUGGCUUUUCAAUUUCAUCGGCAGCUUGUGCUGGCACAACUUCUGCCAGAUAG